CAGUGUAGCUGUCUGUGGUGCCUUGUUCUGUUUUGUAGUUCAGGGUAGGAGGUCAAAAUGCACAUGAUAGCCAAAAGCUGUGUCCUGCUGUUGUGGCUGCAUUUACUAACCUCUGUAGAAAGCAAAGACUGUACAAUUGAAAAGUUUCUAAAGAGCUCUGAUUAUGAUUCCAAUUUCGACACAAGUGGUCUGGAAUCCAGUUAUGCAGGAGGAAGACAAGUGAGAAUACCCUGCAAUGUUGGCUACAGUGGCUUUUUCAAAAUAAUCUGCACUGAGGGGAAUUGGGAGCCUAGGGGCACAAAAUGCAAACCAAAACCAUGCGGUCAUCCUGGAGAUGCCCAAUUUGCGGAUUUUCGACUUAACGAGGGAACAGAUUUUGUCUUUGGAUCAGAAGUUGUCUACGAGUGCAACAGAGGUUAUCACAUGGUCAGUCGAACAAAUCGGCGGCGUUGCACAGCAGAUGGCUGGGAUGGAAACAUUCCAGUGUGUGAAGCCACCAAAUGUCCAGUUUUUCAUGUGGACAAUAAUGUCCAGGUGUUUGGGGAUGUUGAAGAAGCCACCUCUGGCAGUGUUGUUCGGUUCAGUUGCAUGUCAAGGGAUGAAAUCUUGUAUGGGCAACAGGAGAUAUUUUGCCAAGAAGAUGGAGAGUGGAGUGGGCCUAUUCCAAACUGCAAAGAAAUAAGAUGUUCCGUUCCUCACAUUGAUCACGGAAGUGUCCCUAGCGGCUCUCGGGAGUACAAAGAACAUGAGACCUUAAAUUUUAGAUGUGAUGCUAAAUUUAUACCGGCUGAUGAGAGACCUCCAAGAUGCACAAAGUUUGCAGGAAAACCAAUGUGGAGCCCCACACCUGCAUGUAAACCUGUACAAUGUUCACUGACUCUGCCACCACUCACUGGAACAACAUAUGACCCUCCAUACACAAAUGUAUUCAUACCUGGAGAUACACUGAGAGUCACGUGUGGGGAGAAAUACUGGAUCGUGGACACUGGAACAACAGUGGCAGAUCUUAGUUGCAAAGAAGAUGGAAAAUGGAACACGCAUCCUGUAUGCCAAGAGGUAACAUGCCCAAGAUGGAUUGAAGGACAGCAUUUGAAAAAGCCUGUUGAUGCUUGGAGAGGAAAUAAAUUAGGUGACAGUCAAAGAUAUGACUGUGCCCCAGGCUCUCAGCCUGCAAGUAGAGAUAAAAAAGCAAUAUGUACUAGAGAUGGCUGGGCACCAAAACCCCUUUGCCGAGGACCUUGUGAAAAACCUCAGAUCAGAAAUGGAUUUGCAGUUGGUCCUCUUGAAGGGACUUUGUACUUUGCCUGUAACGAAAAUUACAAACUUCCUACCAAAAGCUGGUGGGGGCAGGCCAAAUGUAAAGACGGUGACUGGGAAAAACUUCUUCCAUGUAUAGAGAAAGACAUGUGUGGAGAAGCGCCUGAAAUUUCCAAUGGAAGAUUAAAUGUCGUGCUAAGUCCUGCUGUGGUUCAAUGCAAUGAAGGAUACACUCCUGAAGUUACCGAGAUAACUUGUCUAAAUGGAGAAUGGAAUUUCUAUAAUUUUACUCCAAAAACAAUCUGUCGUGCUACUUCUAAACACUGUGGUCCACCACCCAAAGUGGAGAAUGCAAUUGUUACUGUGGCAUAUAAGAAGAAAUACUCGGCCAACUCCUCUGUGACUUAUCGUUGUCGUGAAAAGUAUCAAAUAGAGAAAGAAGACACCGUUACAUGCAGAUCUGGGGAAUGGGAAGUAAAGAAUAUCACAUGUACCCCUUAUUGUGAAAAGCUUACUAGUUCAAGACUAGUGGUUGAAGAAGCUAUGGAAAAACAGAGAUAUCUCGAAGGAGAAGUGAUUGAGUAUGUGUGCACUUCUCCGCAUGUAAAAGCAGGAGGAAAUGCAACAUGCAGGAACGGCGAGUGGAUAAAAACGGAAGAAUGUCCAGGCAUUCCUUGUAGAGUUCCACAAUUGGGUCCUGGUCUUGGAAUUUCUGGAUUUCCACCCGAAAAUAAUCUGGUGAAAUCUGGAAAUAAAUUACGUUUUUACUGCAGAGAAGAAUAUGACAUAGAGGGCUCUGCUGAAAUUAAGUGUUUAGAAACUGGAGAUUGGGAUGCCCCACUGCCAACCUGCUCAGGGGCUUUAGGUUGUUCAGCACCACCAUCUCUGCCAAAUGGAGAAACCAGAGGCAAAGGAUCAAAUUAUGACCAUGGUGAACAGGUUGAAUACUUUUGCCGGGAUAACUAUAAUUUAGAGGGUGGCUCAUAUAAAACCUGUGAGAAUGGUGAAUGGAAAGGAGAUAUGCAAUGCAUUAGGUCUUCAGGUUGUUCACAUCCCCCACAGGUUACCAAUGGAGACACCCUGUCAUUUACUAAGCCAGAUUACCAAGAGGGUGAAAGAGUUGAAUACAGCUGUUUUUCUCGAUAUACUAUGGAGGGUGGUCCAUUUAAAACCUGUAGAAAUGGUAAAUGGGAAGGAGAGAUGAGAUGCUUAGGUGCCUGCACUGUGGAUGAGCAGUUAAUGGAGCAAAAUAAUCUUAGGUUUACAUAUAGUUGGCAAACAAAACUGUAUGCAGUUCAUAAGGAUUACAUUUCUUUUUCUUGUAAAAGAGGAAGACGUGUUGGCACAGUGCCACUGCGUGUACAGUGUAUUGAUGGUGUGAUGGAACUGCCUACCUGCCAGUGAAAAUUUUCAAUGAGCUUAUUAUAAAUAUGCAAUCAUAAAAUUAUGCUAAUCAUCCAAUACAAGAAAGUAGACAGUAUAUUUGACUGUUUUAAUGGUUAUUUGAGUAAAAAUAUGUCAAGUCUUUUGCUUCUGCUUGUUGUAUAGGAAAGUUUCAAGGUCAGUCGAUGUUUUCAUUGCUUCUGACUGGAAAAAUAUAAAUGUUCCUCUUUCUUUGUUCUGUUGUUUCAAGAUAAAACAUGUCAGGAACUAUUGAUAAA